CGCUCCCAGGAGUCCCUCCUUCCGCUCCCGCCGCGUGAGCGGCAGAGCUGACCAGAUGAGCGGAGCGUGGGCCCAGCCGGAGAUGGCUGAUUCUGACCCUGGGGAAAGAAACUAUGAUAACAUGCUAAAAAUGCUGUCUGACCUGAAUAAGGACCUGGAAAAGCUAUUGGAAGUGAUGGAAAAAAUCUCAGUGCCCCCCCAGAGUCCAGCCCCACAUGCUGAGACAGGUGGUGUCCUAGAGCUUCAGCACCUGUCACCUGACUGGACCUGUCUGGUUGUUGCAGUACAGGCAACCUGGAUGGCCUACGAUAUGGUGGUCAUGCGUACCAACCCCACACUGGCAGAGUCCAUGCACCGGCUGGAGGAUGCCUUCCUCAACUGCAAGGAGGAGAUGGAGAAGAACUGGCAGGAGCUACUCACAGAAACCAAGCACAAACAGUAAGCCACCAUCUCUCACCAGCCUGUAUGCAGAAGCCAGGGGAAUGGAACCAGUAGCCCAGAUGUGUAGCUGUAUGCACAGAACUUGUUUCACAAUAAACUUAUUUUCAAGCAAACUCAAGGACUCAUUUCUGUCCCACACUAUGAUCGACCCAAUUGCAUAUCAAAUUGGAUGAGCAAAGCAUGGUGAGUAUGAGAUGAAUAUGCUUUCAGUGGGUCAAAUACAUGCU